AUGCCAAACACUCCCCCCUCCUCACCACGCGCCCAAAAAACCACCACCGUGCUUUCCACCCCGGAAACCCAUCUACCCCUCGAAACAUGGAAAGAACGGCUCCUAGGCAAGACCUUCCAGCUCGUCGAUGCAUCCGGUAUUUACCAGCUGAAAGAUUCAAACGAGCCUGAGAUUAGAUGGCCAGCGAUGGUGGAGUUUCUUGGUCCGGGCAUGUUUCAGGAUUGUGAUUAUGAGCCUGAGAGGUUGAGAGUUUUUCUUGAUGUUAGUGGGGUGGCGAGGGGGGUUGAAUAUGGUUGA